ACCCUCCUCCCCCCCUUGUCUGCUCCCCUCCCCCCAUCCCACCCCCUCCUGCUCACCACCCACUCAUCCAUAUGGUCGCCCACACACCACCACCACUACCACCACCAUCGUCGUCUCCGCCAUCAGCGCCUCCCACCACUGUGACUCGGGAGCCACCUGCAAGAAGGCUGUCGCUUCAGCAACGCUGGUUACUCUACCAACAGCAGCUGGCUGAAGAGUCUUCUCAGAUGGCUUCAGCAUCCAAAAGUGUCCCCAUGCUCCCCAAGCGCCCAGCCCCACCUCCCCCUCGUCGGCGGGAGGCUCAACCCUCCUACAAAGACUGGAUUGAAGAGCAGCAACAACAUAUCGCGGGACUUGCCCCGCCUCCUCAUCCAACACCUGCCGAGGAAGCACAAGUUCCCCCUUGUAUUGAGGAAUCUGUUCUUGGCCCUCCUACUAAGGAGGAGGAGCUACACGCUGGCCACGCUUCUUCUGAGGUGGAGACUCCUCUAAUGACGGGAUCCCCCAGCCCUCUGGCCUCAAGCUCCGCCUCUUUCACUGAGGCAGAGACAGCGCCCGUCUCCGCCGUGUCCAAGUGGGUGGAGUUCUUCUCAGACGCCUUGCCUGGUGUCGGGGAGGCUGCUCAGGCACCAAUGCCUGAACCAUCUUCUCCUCCUCCGCUUAUGCCUCCUCCUUCGCCUCCUUCCGCUUACCCCUCUCUUGCUCCUUUCUUGGACGUCUCUUCUCCCGUACAUCUGCGUAGCUCCUCCUCUCCCCCCUCUUCCUCCGCCUCGUCUUCUGCCUCCUCCCACUACCUCUCUCUUCACGGCUCCUCCCAGCGCUUCAUCCUCGAGUCCUGCAACAACAGCAGCAGCAGUGAAAGCGUUGAAGAACUCGACUCGCGGUUUGCCAAGUGCACGAAAUAUCCCGCGUUAGCUCCUGUUUCGUUAACCCCGUCCCCCGCACCCUCGGUCGCCCCGCCCUCUGUUGCUGCCCCGCCCUCGACCACGACGUACCCCUCCCUGGACGAGUUCAUGGAGGCGGAGCUUCGUCACUCGUCGUCGAGCAACGGCUGGUGGAGCGCGUCACGUCACUCCACCGCAUCCAGCGGCGCGCCAUCGUCUGCCUCCCCCGCUGCAGGAUUGGGUUCUGACAAUGCGUCCCCCAACGGCGGGGGCGGGUCCUCCAACGGCGGGGGCGGGUCCAGCAUCGGGGACAAGAGGGACGCGUCUGACGUGUUCGUGUCGGCGCGGUCCAGCAGGGCGACGUUGAGGGGACCCGCCCUCGUCUUCGUCCCCCCGCCCGUCUCGUCCUCGUCGUCUUCUUCCCCUCAGUUCAUCGUCCCCGCUGUCCUCAAACGUCCCGCCCCUCCCCCUCCUAAGCGCGGGCCACGCCCCGCUUCCCGAAGCCCCGUCCGCAAGUCCGCUCCGCGGUCUACGGAGCGGCCGCUGCGCACCAAACGGGCUCCUCCUCCUCGUCCCCCACGUCCCCACCGCCCCAAGUCCUCCCCGCCCUCGUCACGUCUCCCCAAGAAACCCCCGGUGGCGGUGGUGAAAUCGUCCUCGUCUCUCUCGUCCCUCGUGGUCAUCUCGAUGGUACCUAAGGCUCCUCCUCCUUCCCCCUCGCGCCCCUCGUCUCUGUCGGACGGCGUCGACGACGAAGGCUGCAGCGAGGAUUUCUCGUCCUCGUCUUCUUCGUCGUACUCGUCGGGCAGCUGCUCGUCCCUAUCGAGCUACACCAGCUCUGAUGUGUCGUCUUCCCCCAGCCUCCCCAUCAUUGACAUUAUGCUCGCUCUCCUCCCCGUCUAAAGCCCCCAGCGCAUUGAUGUUCUGGGGGUGGGCGUUAUGAAUGGGCACAGCGCUGGGGUGGAAUUUUGGCUGUCGAAUUAAGAGGGGGUUGAAAAGUAUUGUUUCUCGGUAUGAAAUUCGACUUAGAGGUUGCCGAGUAUGGUUUUUCUGUAUAAAAUUCGACUUGAGGGUUGCCAAGUAUGGUUUUUCGGUAUCAAAUCGACUUGGAGGUUGCCAAUUAUGGUUUCUCCGUAUCAAAUUCGACUUGAGGGUUGCCAAGUACGAUUUCUCGAUAUCAAAUUGAAAGUAAGCGGUUGCCAAGUUACAUUUUUCGGUAUAAAAUCUCUUAUUUUGGUGUUUGCAAUUCCGAUUUUUGUGGUUGCCAUGUAGUAUUUUUUACUCUUUUUGGCUUAAAUUAACCAACAACGGAACACUUGCUUUAACAAUAACACAAAACUGCGAAGAACCAAAACUUUUACACACCCUUCUCCCACACUCACUCCCCCUACUCCCCAUCACUAUCAAGAGCGGACGUUUGACUUGACAUUAAUAUUGCUAUUGCGGCUAUUAAUAUUAUUGUAAUGUUAAGAUCAUUGAAUAUUAUCUCUAGAUAGUCGCGGUGCGUGUCUCUUCUAGUCGUGUUCGUGUGUGCGUGCGUCUCUUGUUAUUCAUCUUCCUACUAAUUAUUAUAGUCGUGUUACGGACGGUGGGCAGGGGGGGGGGUACUAGGAUCUUAGGCUGUUUAUGGUGGUGAUGGUUGAUGGUAUAGUGGUGGUGGUGACGAUGGUUGAUGGCGGGUGAUGGUUGAUUGUGGUUUAUG